UGUUUUGCUACAGGUUUCUAGACUAGGUUUGGUCAGGAUGAUUGUACCUAAAUACUAUCGAUAUAGUGUGGAGAUGGUAAUGCCACUGUAAAAAUAAGCCAUUUUAGCCAUUUGCUUUCACAAUAGUGCCAUUAGCAGUUUGGGCGAACACCUCUACUGUUGACAUAGGGAUGCUAUUUUAAGCUUAUUAUGGCAGGGGGUGAACACCGAAAAAUGUAUAAUCUAUGUAAAACUAUCAGAAAAAUGGGCUACGUAAAGGACACAAAAUAACGACAACUCUCCUGUUAUUAAUCCAUUACGAGACAUAAUGCAAUCAGUUGAGAUAAGGUACGGGAGACUACAUAUCCCAUCAUGCGCUAGGACCAGAAAUGACGAACCAGAGCUGUCAGGUGGUUAAUGAGACCUGGCAAGAUGGCGAUUUUUAGUGUAUAUGUCGUGAACAAGGCUGGUGGGUUAAUUUACCAAUUGGACAACCAGAGUCCGCGAUCGGAAUCCGAGAAAACCUUUAGUUUUCCUUUGGAUCUGGUGCUUAAGGUGCACGAUGAGCGAGUUAUUGUGUCUUUUGGCCAACGUGACGGAAUAAAAGUUGGACAUGCUGUGCUGUCUAUUAACGGGAUCGAUGUGAAUGGCAGAUAUACAGCAGAUGGGAAAGAAAUUUUGGAAUAUCUUGGUAACCCUUCUAACUAUCCGUUGUCCAUUCGGUUUGGUCGACCUCGGCUCACUUCCAAUGAAAAGCUUAUGCUGGCUUCGAUGUUUCACUCAUUGUUUGCUAUUGGAUCUCAGCUCUCCCCCGAGCCAGGAAGUUCUGGCAUUGAGAUGUUAGAAACUGACACAUUCAAGCUACACUGCUUUCAGACAUUAACUGGCAUUAAGUUUAUGGUUUUGUCAGACCCCCGCCAGGCUGGAAUAGACACUCUCUUACGCAAGAUCUAUGAAUUGUACUCUGAUUAUGCUCUUAAAAAUCCAUUUUACUCUCUGGAGAUGCCCAUCAGUAAAGCCUUCUGUCUGUUGCAGGUGUGAACUCUUUGACCAAAACCUCAGAUCAGCUUUGGAGGUAUCAGAGAAAGCAGGAACAUUUGGACCUAGUUCGUGAGCCUUUCUAGGACAA